AUGUUGAGCUCCGCAAAGAAUUAUGAGGUUGUCUCGAAAAUAAUGGAGGAAAACGUCAGUGAAUCAGAGGAAAGUAAAGAUCCUCCAAAUGAUCUUCACUGCCAUGAAUCGUUACUAACAAACUCAAAUUUAUCAGAUGAUGUGGAAACUCCAGACGCCCAAGUUGUGAACUCUGAUGUGUCAAAAACUGCUUCGAGUUUCUCCGAUGAGCCAAUACCAGAGGACUUUGGUAAAACACGGGACAUUAAUUCUGGAGAAGAGGAAUUUAACGGAAAUCAUACGAUGAUUGGGACAAAUGAGAAAACUAAUGAGAACUUAACCAGUGUUUCCGGGUUACCCCCGGAAUUUUCGAAACCAUCCAGCGUUUCUAAUGAAUUUCCCCCAGCAAAAAAGAUACACAGUUCGUCACCCGGUGGUUCUUCUGAAAACCUUCUUGGUUCAAAUCAUCGCAGGGAUCCUUCUCUCGAGUCUGACAGCGAUGAGGUGUUUCCACUUGUUGCUCGCAAAGCUAACUCGUCGGACGAUUUGCUUGAUAAAAACUUUGUUAAAUGGGCAAGUGGUGGUGAAAAUUCACAUAAAGGCAAACGAGACAAGGAAGGCGGACAAUCGUCUGACUCGCCUAUUAGUGACGUUGAAUUUAGUGCUUGCUCUUCUGUUACUAGUUGUACUGAAGACAGUGGAAUUAGCUCCACUGUCAGAGAUGACGAGUUGGAAGAAAUACCACUCAAUAACUCACGAUUUAGCCCUGAAUUGUACGAACAAAUGUCUAGACUCUCUUUGGAUGAAUCAGUUGCUGCAUGGAUUCCUAAAUCUUCAAACACUUACGCACCCAGCCCUAAUGCAAAAACUGGAACUGACGUAGAUGGCAGUAGUUCACAGAAGCAAAGUAAACUGAAGUAAGUAUACGCUUUAUUAUUUCUUUCCCUCUUUCUUUCUGUUUUAGGGUACACACAUACCGUAAAAUUAUUCCAGAAAGGAAUUUAAACUUGUACAAUGAAACUGAAAUAGAAAAAAUUUUGUUACUCUUUCCCCUCCAUCACAACAAGGGCUGUCACUGAGAUUUCAAGUUGCUGGGUGCAUGUAUAUGCAAUUAUAACAUAGCAGAAUUGGGAAUCUGUUAAACUGCUUGGAAGUUCUUUUGGUUCUAUUUUCCUUUGUAUAUAUCUCUCAUGAAAGAAGGAGGGAUUCAUGUUUAUAGUACAUGUAGAGGAAAUCCCAGGCUCCAUUCCUUGGUGGCAUCCCUGACACCACCUACCUAGUCCAGAAAAAUGGCAUCGGGAAUUUCAGUUUUGCAAAAAUUAUUCAAUUAAGGCAUCCAAAAAAAACCCAUAAUAGAAAAUUUCAAACAAAAAAUCCUCAAUUGUCGGCCUGUCACUUUAACCAUGUAGAACCUAGAACCCCUCUUGGGUAACACAUCAAGUCGGGGGGUGACGGACAAGCUUAUUUUUGUGAUGCCGUGAUCAACCAUUUUUGCUCGCCAUGAAUAAUUCAUUGCAACACAGUUAUUGUGAUGUACUGAAUAACUGUUGGGUGAAUCAUGACUAAAGUGGUCUCCUUGAAACCUGAACUAGCCAAAUCCUCUAUUGUGUACACAUACAUUGAAGGUGAAUUGAAGAAAUUCAAUCUUUAAUUUGGCCAAAUGACCUUGACGAGUACAAAUGCAUCUGGUGGCUUGAUUAAACUUCACUUUGAGUCUUUUGAUGUAACUUCACACUUCAGUGCACUCAGACUCACAUACAGCUGGCUUCCCUUGGGAAUUUAUUGGUUCUUAAAACUCUAGAAAUAUAAUCAAAGCACUCUGUGUUACAAAAUGGGACUAACGUAAUGUUUUUGACAUGUUGUACGACCUCUAUUUUUGAGAAACGUGAAAACGUAACUAUUAUUUGUUUCGUGACUCGUGAAACACAAAACUGUUGUUCUUGAACUCAUGAUUAGACCCCACCCCCCUUGAUCCCCCUUAUCAAAGAACUGCUGAAAAAAGAACUUUCAUUUGAAUGGUCACAGCAUAGAAUUUUUUCCUAAUUACAUGUACAUGUAGGUAGAACUACAUUGCAUGUACAAGUCUUUAUAUCUGAUGUUAGGAGACUGUGAAAAGGCAUUGAGCAGUGCACCUUAUCCUCAUUUCACUUACAGUGUAUGUUACUUUAAUAAUAAUUUUGUGCUUCCAUGGUUGUGUCUGUAGAGGCCUGUUUUCAAGAUCAUCUCAAAAGGAGCCUGUUCAGGGCUGGAAGUUAUUUGGCAAGGUUCCAGCGAAAGAUGUCAGGGAUAACAGCAGUGAACCUCACUAUCAGGCAUCCUCUUUUGAUAGAGGUAACCCUAGAUGGUUAAAACUGUCCAUCAAUUACAUGUAUCUUUAGAGUUUUAUGGUGCACUUAGUUUUAGCAUUUAGUUUUCGCUGGUUAUCGAGUUGGAGUUGUAUAAUGUUAUUCUCUAGUGAGAAUGGUAUUCUGGUUUGUUGGUUGUGAUCACUGGACUGGAGUCACAAGCAAAAGCACUCACAACAUUUGGAAAUGAACACUAUGAUAUGUUUUAUUCUUCUUCUCCUCCCUUAGCCUGAUAUUGUGCUUCCCUAGCUCCCUCUAUGUUUUUAUCUCAUGGCAGGAAGAGGGCAUGAUGCAUUAUUUUAUUUGUCAGAUCACAUAUAAAUUGUGACGGCUCAAGAUAAAAGUGUAUCAAGCAUUCAUUUUACCCCUCUUCCCCCCCCCCUCCCAAAAAAAAUAGAAUGCCUGAUCACAGGUUACCUGUAUUCUGCCUCUGAUUAUGAAAAUCUUACCCCUACUUGCAAAUCCAAUUUCAACUUUUUCUCCAGGUCAUAAGUGUUGUUAUGACUCCAAUUACGGGUCUCUGAUUCUGAUUCCAUUGUUAGUGUCUUAGACAUAACUUAAGGCCCUUUCCAGAACUAUGAUACUAGGUUAAUACAAAAAAUGCUUUGUACUUUGUAGAGAUUGAAGUAAAUGAAAAUCAGCCCCUAGUUUAGCCUUUUAAUAACUGGGUUUGUGGUUGUGUUUGAUGAUGAUAUUUAUUAUAAAGAUUGCUUUUAUUGUUUUUUUGUAGGAGACGUGAAGCGCAAGUCUUUUGGUGACAAACCAUCUGUAACUGCUCCAAACUUCAAACCCAAGUUCCCUUCUUUGAGAAAGAAACCUACUACUGGAAGCUCCACUACAGCCCUUAUCUUCGAAAAUAGGCCAAGGUAUGAAGCAAACAUUAGAAAAAGUGAAUAUCUUUCCUUAAAUUUCAGGCUGCUUACAUGAACUUGUAAUUCUGACUAACAGUAGAUUGGAUCACUGUGGUGAUCCUCAUUAGUUUGGGAAAGUUUUUGUCAGACCAGCAUAAAAGUAACUAAUUUUUUUAUUUAAAAAAUUAUCCUCUCCCUUACAGGGCUAUGAAUCCCAGCUAAGAGAAGGGGAAACCAGCUGGUUAGAGACUUGAACUCAGGACCUCUGGUUUUCAAGUCCAGUGUUCUAACUUCUUAGCUACACAUGAGACUUCAGUUUAAAAGAAUGACAUUGACAAUUCUACAAUGUAAUGUAGAAAUCUCUUUCUAUCAUCACUCAGUUUACGUUUAUACUAUAAUUAUUAUUAAAAACUGAAUCAUUGGAUAAUGCAAUUCUAGAGCUCUGAUUGGCUUUUCCAUCAUGGUAUAUGAGCCAUUAUACCAUGCUUGCUCUCCAAAUAUGGUAACUGCAUGUGUCUACUCAAAAUAAAAAACAAGCUGAAAGUCGGUUGUUUUUACAAAAAAAGUCAGGAAGAAUUUUCGAUAUUUUGUGAGAUUUUUAAUAAAACAAUUAUUCCACAUGCACUUGUUGGAUAUGAGAUGAUUACAGCCAACAGCGCCUCGUUGGCUAUCUGCCAUCUCAUAUGAACCUCGCACUCGUGGAGUAAUAUUGUUAUACAUACACAAGACAUAUAUUGUAUUACAACUAUACAUCGAGUGAGCUCAGUCGUACAGCUGUAACAACUGUUAUGGGUUACAGUCCUUAAUGACAGAGCCUCCGGGCCACUUUAGAAACGUAUGACUAUUGCUGCCUUGUUAAAAAUUUUAAGUAAAAUGUCCUCUUGGGUUAAAAUAGUUAAUUUUGCUGAUUAUUUCUGUUAUACCCAAUUGCAGCAACCUCCCAGCUAAAUCAGCAGCUGAGGAGAAAAAGCACAGAAAACAAUAUGAAGCAAUGGUGGCCGAGGCAAAGAAAAAAGGUGAAAAUAAAACUACAGUCAGCUCUCUCUAAGGCAGACACCUUUGGAGCCAGUAUAGUGUACCAAGUGUCCAUCUUAGAGAGGUGUCUGUCUUGUAGAGAGACAAAUAAAGAGACUAAAAAAUAAUUAUUUUUACAAUUUUUAUGUAAAGAAAGGCAGAGACUGACUUUAGGUGUCUGUCUUAGCAAGGUGUCUGUCAUAUAGAAGUGUCCGUUCCGUAUGUAGUUGUAUGAAAAAAAUGCAAACAAAUCAUUACAGGUUUAGAUUAUGUGAUCAACAUUGUUUAGGAAUAAAGAAUAAUUGAACUUGAGGAUAUUGUUCUUUUGGCAAAGCUCAAUGUUCCAGAAAUUAUUGUGUAGGCAUUUUGAAGUGAAAUCUUAUUGUAAAAAUUAGUCUUUUUUCUUGGUUUCAGGUACUCAAUAGCUUCUCUUUUUUGUUAUUUCUUUGCUGUCAUAGAAUUAAAAGACAUGAAGCGUCAGGAACAGAAACUUAGAGAAAAGUGUAAACAGGAGGAUGGAAUUGUGUCUGCAGUCUCUUUAUGGGCAAAUGAGAUUUUGCCCAACUUUGACACUAUGUAAGUUCUCUUUCAUUCUUUUGUUUAUAAGCUAUUUACUGUUUUUUUUCUUUUUUACUAUCGUGUUUUUCAAUCCAAAGAAGUUACUAAGGUAUUUCUCAGAAAUCUUAGAUACACUAGUUUUAAAUGAGUGUAGACUAUUGUCAGAGAGGUGAUCAUGAAUUUGUAGUCCUCCGAGUUUAAUCAUUUUAAAAUCAUUUUUGUUUGGCAGAAUUGCAUUGCAGAGCAAUGCGUAGUUGUGAUUUUUUUCCCCUACCCUAUUUCAUUUAUAGGCGGCACUCUAAGAAGGCAAGAGAGCUUUGGUGGCAAGGUCUUCCUCCAAGUGUACGUGGAAAGGUCUGGAAACUUGCUAUCGGAAAUGACCUGCAUAUUACUCAGGGUAUGUUACCAUUGUAUUAAAAAUUAGAGUAAAUCAAUUUCAUGUAGUUCUAAAGCAUUAAUUCUUUAAUAAUAUACCGUAAAAUUCCGAAAAUAAGCCCCGGGGCUUAUAUUUUUCAAAGACUCUUUUUGAGGGGCUUAUCUAAGGAGCGAAAUUUGCAUUUUUAAAUCGAUUGGGCUAACCUUAUAGUGGGAAGUAAAUUUACCGUUUUUGCUUUGUUUUACUUUGUAUUUGAGGGCAAUUUUCCAAGCACAAGCCCCCGGGGGGCUUAUAUUUGGGGGGGCGAUUUGACGGAGGGCUUUUUGCGUUACCGGUUUGGGGGGAUUAUAUUUGGAGGGGCUUAUUUUCGAAAUUUUACGGUAUUCUGCAAUUCACUUGAAAGGUGAUAGUUGUAUAUUGUACAUGUAUGUAUUGUAGUUUAAAGACUUAAGUGUUGAAGUUAUUUCUAAUCUUGUAGUGAAAUAAACUGGGACUUUUGACUGCUCAUUCAGGUUUUCACUUCUCCUGUUGCAGAAUUAUUCGACAUCUUUCAGUCUCAUGCAUAUGAGAAGCUAUUCACAACAAGGCUAAACAAGAAGAAAAACCAGACUCAGACUGUCGCAGAACUGCCAGCCAGUGAUCACCCUGUUGUCAGCAAAGCUCACACAGUUGAACUUAUCAUGAUGGAUGUGUCACGAACGUUUCCUUCACUUUGUAUUUUCCAGGAGGUAAAUUUUCCUCAUUUUCUUCUCAUCUUAAGUCUCCUCACCUUAAAACAAUAGAAACUAUUGGUGAUAAUACCACACUAUUUAUGACUUUAUCUAUAGUUGUAACACUAUAGUAAUCAGCCAUUUCACACACCUCUUGAGAACGUUAGCUGUUUCUCUUUAAGACCUUUACAGUAUAUCUCUGUUGCAUUAAACCGUGGCAAAGUUUGCAUAAUUAUGCAUGACGAGGCAAUGCCAACUAUGGAGUAGUGUACCUUUAAAAAACAAUGGCAGUUUCUAAAAAAAAGUAAUUGCAGUUAUGUACCACACCCAAUUUACUGAGAACUUUUGUCUCAGCUUUACUACCUUAGUAAUAAUUAAAAUAAAAGGAUCAAAAAUGAAUGCCAGCGUAGUUAUAGUGUUAAGCCUGCACAGUUUGCGAUGAAAAUAAUUCUUAAAUGUGGCCACGCAAAAGAUAACGUCUAACUUUUACAUGUAUGAUUUAAUAUUUUCCAUUUGAUCUGCUAGACUCAGGUUAUCACUGUUGUUUACUAUGAACAUGUAUGAAUAGUGACAAGGUGGCAUAAGACUUUUAUUAAAUGCAUUAGGGUGGUCCAUUCCACGAUGUUCUUCACAGCAUUUUGGGAGCUUACACCUGCUAUCGACCUGAUGUUGGCUAUGUAAGUUGUUCUGUGUUAUAGAUUAAUUUUAGAAUCCUUAACUCAAUCUCCCCACUCGAAGUUAUUUAGCCUGUUCCAGGUAUUCAGAUAUCGAUUGUGGGGAUGACACAAGAAGAUGUAAGCAGGAAAAAUAGAGAUGGGGUGGGGUAGAGGGUGAGGGCGUCCUUCUCCCCUUCUGAUCUCCCUCCUUAUUUUUUCCUGCUCUCUGAUGAUGUUAGAAGUUAUUUUGCUUUUCCAGUGUCUUUUUACCUUGCUGAAUUCUGGCCGAGGCAAACUACUUUAUAGAUAACUUUUUGUGCAGUUUAAUACCCAUUGUAAUUCAUUGUUAUGCUUGUAAAGAGGCAAUUGACUGCUCGAAAUAAUUAUUUAGUCCGAACUAUUCUUUCCUUAUUCUCUUGUUUAGGUUCAAGGCAUGUCAUUCCUUGCAGCAGUGUUGUUGUUGAAUAUGGAUCCAUCUGAUGCAUUUAUUUGUUUUGCAAAUCUUCUCAACAAACCUUGCCAGUUAGCUUUCUUCAGAGUUGAUCAUCCCAUGGUAAUGUCAUUUUUAAAUUGAGUUCGUUGUUAUUUUAACUACAUUGUGUCUGGCGGGACUUUUAAGGCGUCCUUCAACAAACUCUCUCGCCCUCUGUCUCUCACUCUGCCUGCUCUUUCAUCCCUUGAUUGCCAAGAAAAUGUGCUCGCAGCCUCCUUGGGUGGCGACUGACUCUAACCCAUUUGUUUUCCCAUCAGUAAAUUAAUUUUUUUGCCUUGUUGUUCUGUAGAUGAUUGCAUACUUCGCUGCCUUCGAAAUCUUCCUCGAGGAGUUUGUCCCCAGACUUCACACGCAUUUUAUAGAAGAGAACUUCACACCUGAUAUGUAUCUCAUUGAUUGGUAAGGCUGGAUGAGCUCAAAUAAAUAAGACACUGCAUGCUAUUACCACCAAGGUCAGGGUGUAAACCCUCUCAUACCUGAAUUUUUCAGGUAGUUUUCAGCUAUUUAGGCUGAUCUUAAAAUUCUGUAGAUCACGUCUACUUUCUUUUAGCAAAUAAUAUAAUAUUAGUCACUACUUGCUUUCAGGGGCUUCAUUUGUUCUUUAUUAUCACUAUAAUAAUAGAUUACUUAAUUAUGACCCCUUUUUAGAAUUGGAGAUACAUUAACCUUUGUGUCUAAAGGGUCAGAUUGUUACAUUGCCAUCUGUAUACUCAAAAGUCAGUUUUAGUUCAAGUUAUGCCCUUACUCUCCAGUUUUCCCCUGUUCAACCACUUUAUUUCGUUUGUAUAUAGCCAGCUGGUCCUUCUUAUUACAUGUACGUUCACUUUAGACUAAAAUUUUAAUUAUGUUCGAAGCAGUUAGUCUGAAUUUUAUUUUUUUACAUAUAUUUGUAUAAAUCAAUCGUUAUAUCUUCAUGUGUGUUAAUUUGCAGGACAUUCACAUUGUUUAGCAAGUCAUUACCGCUGGAUGCUGCCUCUCGAGUAUGGGAUGUGUUUUGUAGAGAUGGUGAAGCAUUUCUAUUCCGGGCUGCACUUGGUGAGUACCCUGCACUCUUAAGCACUGCUAGUAGUGGCCAAAAACAAAUUUAAAAUUUUAAUUUCUUGUUGUGGAAUCAUAAAAAAUGAGUUGUCCAGUUUCGAGUUCGCUGUGACUGCUGCAUUAAAGAAGUGAAGACGCUUUUUUUUACAGGCUUAGCCUCCAUCUGAAGUAAUAUAUCAACAAAUUCUAGCAAGAAAAAGACCUGUUUAUUACCCUGUCUAUUGUGUGUAUUCAAAUUUUAAACACUUACUUCCCGGAAUUUCUGAAUAUUUUACUUUACGUCGGGGCUAGCCCUGUAUGAAUGUGUCGUUAAUGUUUGUAUUCAGCGGUAAUUUUUAAUUCGAAACUGGACUAUUGCACUAUGCAGAAGUUCUGCCAAACAGGUUUCAUUUGAUUGGUGGCAGUACAGAAUUUUCUCCACUGAUUAGAAAGUUAGAGUAAAAAGUAAUUUGCAAUAUUAAUAAUAAUUAAUAUAACAUGUAAUUAUAAUUUUUAUUUUUUUUAUUUUAUUUUAUUCAUUGAUUGAUUGAUUGAUUUGAGCACUGCUACUCUCCAGUGUUUGUUAAGGUCUUUACACGUAUUUUUUACUACUUUUUAUACUUCUUUCAACUGAUUCAAUUUUUUUUCUUUAGGGAUAUUAAAAUUCUACCUAGAGGACUUGCUGGGUAUGGAUUUCAUUCAUCUUGGCCAGUUUCUUUCUAAGCUACCAGAUGACAUCCCAGUUGCAUCUCUUUUCCAAACAAUCGCGUCAGUUAGUCUCACGGAACAAAAAUUCACUCAGACACUGGCAACACAGAAGGAAGUGGCAGCCCAGAUCAAAAACGUUACUUCUACCACGAAAUAA